AUGGGUAAGAAAGUGAAAACAGGAAAGGCUAGGAAAGAUAGGUUCUACUUCCUUGCCAAAGAGAUAGGGUUCAGAUCGAGAGCGGCAUUUAAGUUGAUUCAGUUAAACCGUCGCUUCAAAUUUCUGAAUUCGUCGAAAGUGUUAAUUGACUUAUGCGCUGCUCCUGGAGGUUGGCUGCAAGUAGCAGCCAAGGAAAUGCCCGUUGCCAGUCACAUUAUUGGUGUCGAUCUUGUACCCAUUCUGCCUAUCCCGAAAGUCAAGACGUUUAUUGCUGAUAUAACUUCUGAUAAAUGCAAGCAGAUUUUAAGGAGUGAGCUAAAUGGGUUGAAGGCAGAUGUUGUUUUGCAUGAUGGUGCUCCGAAUGUUGGAACUUCAUGGUCCAUUGAUGAGUACGGUCAAGCUAUUCUCUGUCUUAAUUCAUUUGCGAUCGCCACCGAUUUUCUGCGUAGAGGGGGUUGGUUUGUGACCAAAGUUUUCAGAAGUCGAGAUUAUGAACCACUUAAGUGGAUACUAUCUCAAUUUUUCCGAACGGUUCGUGCAAUGAAGCCUGAAGCUUCUCGACUUGAGUCAGCAGAAAUCUUCCUUGUUGGGCAGUUUUAUCUUGCUCCGGCACGUAUUGACCCUAAGUUCCUGGAUGCGAAGCAUGUUUUUGGUGAAGUUGAUGCACCAAAAAACCGUGCUACUUUGGUAUCGUCAUUCUUGAGGGACAGUCGGAAGAAGAAAGCUGAAGGCUAUGAUGGAGGUGAUAUGCUGUAUCAUGAACUACCACUGUCCAAAUUUUUGGAGGCAAAGGAUCCUCUCGAAUGUCUUGCAAAUGUUAAUAAGAUUAUCUUCGAUAUUCCGGAAAUUACAAGUCACUCAUUGACAACUUCCGUGGUUAGAGAGGAUUUCGAUGACAUAAGAGUUUUGGGAAAGAGUGAUAUUAAGAACUUGCUUAAGUGGAGGGCGAAAAUUCUCAACAUCUUCAAACCUGCAUCUAAGAAGUCUGAAGACCCAACGGAUUCAUCUGAUUUUGUCAACUCUGAAAAGGGUAACAAUGAAGACGAUGACGAUCUUGAAGUGGAGACGGAAAUUCAACGACUGCUAAACGAGGAAGAAAAGUUGAAGAAAAAAAAGUUGAAGAAAGUUAGAAAAGAGAAACGAAAACUCGCCGAACGUUACGUACUCAAAAUGUCACAUGAAUCCGAUCACAUUGAACAAAAUGAUGAUGAGUUAUUCUCCUUGGUCGCUGUCAAGGACUUAGUUGGUUUAGACGAAUAUAACAAACUUUGUGGCGAUACUAGUCAUACAGGCGUAGAUGACUUAGCCCGUGAACAAAUCAAUGCUGAUUUGAAGGCCAAGCGUAAACGUUUAGCCGAUGAGAGGCGUUCAGCAGUGGAAGGCAGAAAACGCAUUCAUUUUGAAAGACGUACUGGCGAUCAAUCUAACAAAUAUCUGUCCGAAAAUGAACCUUUUUAUGAGAAUUCUGUCAACCUCCAACGCGAUGAUCUCUGUGUAAGUUCCGAAAACAGCAGUGAAAGUGAAUCAGGUGGAGAGGAUGAAGAGGAUCAAAGCAUCAAAUUAGAUUCGGCAGAUGAAUCCAUUGAUGUCGAAAGUGAUACUGGUAGUAUCGACCUUCCUGUAUCAAAACUUCUUUCAAAGGAUAAGAAAGCCAAAUCCAAACGUCAUAUGAUUCUGCCGCCAGGAUUGUAUUUAUCGACUACUGAACAAGGCAAAAGGAAUCCCUUACUUGUUGAUUUAGAUAAUUCUGAGGAGAAUGUAAAGAAGAAGCGCAAAAUUGACUCAUGGUUUGGUUCGGAUGAAAUGAAAGAAAUGCUUGCUCCACUGGAUGAAGAUAACGAUGAUAUCGUUACUGUUAAAUCAAACAAGAAAUCAAAAAAAAGACAACCUAGCCAAACGAUUAUAAAAGCCGAAAAGCUUAAAAAAUCAACACAUCUCAGUUGUCCUUUGACUCCGGAAGAGCAUGCUAUUGCAACUUGUCUCAUUCAGUCUGCUAAGUCUAGACGCGAGUUACUUGAAUCGGGAUACCAUCGUUUUCAGUUUUUUGAAAAACCCUCUGACCUGCCUGAUUGGUUUAUUGAAGAUGAGAAGAGGCAUAUGCGGAAACCCUUGAUCAUCAAAAAAGAAGAAAUCCCGAUCGAUGUUCCAACUGUGGGGCGCUCUCUAUCAAAGGCUGAGCAAGCAAAAGCACGUAAGAAGACUCGUCUGGCCAAAUGUUUGAAAAGAAUUCGUCAAAAGGCAGAAGGUAUAUCAGAUGAAAUACCAGAAACUGAGAAAUGGCAACAAAUAAAACAGAUGUACAAGAAAGCUGGUUUGUUGAAAAAAAAGCGUCGUCCUCUUCAUCUGGUUGUGAACACCAAAUCUGGUUCGCUUACUAGGAGUGCUAAGGCACCCAAAGGUGCAAAAGUUAAAAUUGUUGAUAAACGAUUGAAAGCCGACUUACGCGGGCAGCAUAAAACUAAGGAUGGAAAAAAGAAUAAGAAGCGUAAUCAUAAAGUUGGACGUUCUGGAAGACCAAUGAGUCAAGGAAUUGGAAAGAGACGUUAA